AUGGAAAAUGCUAAUCCAGUCUCUACUCCAUGCAUCAAAGUUCUGAAGUUAUCUAAAGAGGGUGAAGGAAAGCUUGUCAAUUCCACCAUAUUCAGAAGUUUGGUUGGGAAGUUGAUGUAUUUAACUUCGACAGGGCCUGACAUCAUGUAUGUUGUUAGCUUGGUGAGUAGAUUCAUGAAGAAACCUUACUCCAAUCACUGGGAAGCUGGCAAGAGAAUAUUGAGAUAUGUGAAGGGAACCAUUGAUUAUGGAAUUUUCUAUAAAGCUAAUACAUUAGUUGAUCUCAUUGGUUAUACGGAUAGUGAUUUAGCAGGAAACAUUGAUGAUAGCAGAAGCACUUCUGGUUAUGUUUUUCACCUUGGUAGUGGUGCAGUUUCAUGGAGCUCAAAGAAACAAUAA